CGUGGGUGAUAUCUAUAUCGAGUCUUGUUUCUAUUUCUUUUCUAUUCUAUUUCCUCUUCUUUUGGCCUUCGAGUAGCGUUACCGUCUUCUUUAGUAUGGCUGCGCCACCUCGAAAUGCCUGUUUUAACUGUGGUCAACUGGGUCAUUGGUCUCGGGAGUGUCCACACCCGAGGACAGCGUAUCAGAGGCCUCCCGUGGCGACGGGGGCAAAUGCGGAGCCUAUUUUGGCAUUGCCGGCUCCGAGCUCGCAACCUCCUGCCGUGGCUCCUCCGGCUGCUGUCAAUACGUAUGCUGCGCAGCCUCGUUCUGGAUGGUGGAAUCGUAAUCAGCAGAUUCUUGAUAAGUGCAAUGCUUUCGUCAGCAAGGCUGAGCAAAAAGAUAGGAAUGAGCAGGCCGCGGAGGAGCGGCUGAAGCAUCAGCGGGAAAAGGAGGGGGAGGCGGCCCGGAUUAAGAAGGAGCGAGAAGAAUUUGAAAACCAAAYGRRGGAACGAUUGGAGAAUAGGUUGGCUACUAUGUAUGACUCMAUCAUGGGGAAGGGUGUCAACAAGGCCAGYAGUAGUUCAGUUGAGGAGGAGGUUAGUCGUCUUCGACGUGAGAACGAAGAACUGCGCACCAAGUAUAGAAUUACGGAGCAGUUGCCAACAACAAAUCUUGUGGACCGUUUACAGAAGGAGAAUGGAAAGCUCAAGAAGUUCGGGGAGGAGUUGAAGUUACGUAUGGAGGGGGACCUCGCGGCGUUGAAAUGGGAAAUCCGGGGUCUCAAGGGGCAUCACGAAUCAGCAGGGAGAAGCUGUCUAACCAAGCAAAUCGAGGAAUUGCGCGUGGAGAUGGAGGAGGCACUGCGGAAACGGAAUGAAGAAUAUGAGGAGGUUGCGCAUCUAUGGAGAAAUGAAGCCCUUCAACCUGGUAACAAACGUGGUAGUAUCAACAUUUCGACUCCCAUGAGUGAAGGCCGCACGGCGACUCGGUCCAGGCUGGAGGGUACUCCGGAGGAGACUCGGCGCUUACGGGCUGAGUUACAGGAUCUGCAGGAGCGGCGCCGUUGCGACUUGACUGAGGUUGAUAUGCUUAAGGAGCGUCGCGCAAAGGCGGAAGCCAAACGCCUUGAGGCGGAAGCGGAGCUCUCUCGGCUACGAGAGCAAAUGGCGUUGUUAUCUACUGAGCAGACGGGUGGAGCUACUCCUCGUGGUGUAGGUACGAACCUCAAGGAAAAGAUGGAGGAGGCCGUGAAUACCGGGUUUCGUACGGGUAGGCGUGGUAGGGAGGUCUGGAAGAGGCUUAAGGCUCUCAAGAAAGGAGGCCUGGAACCGUUGUGCAAAGAAGCUGGGAUUAAGUACAAAACGGUGGAGAUUACUGUGGACGAGUUAGCAGAGCUCAAUGCAGAGAAAGUGUUUGGCGGUAGUAGCAGUUCGAAGGACAAGGCAGAUGCAGGGCAAGAUCAAGGUAAGUCGGCUUCUGGUGGUAGUAGCGUUGUGGUUGUGGAGGAGGUCCCAUCGGACUCCGCUUGAUGGGACUUCCGAAAUGCGACACUAUGGAAGUUGGCUAAAUCUUGUCGGGAUCAUAGGUCUUCCUCUACUUCUUCUCUAAGAAACGGUCUGCCCGACCCAUUCGGAGUGUGGUGUUGGCGCAAGCAAGAAAGCUGCACAGGCAAUUAAUCAAACGUUAUGGGAUCU